AGAUAUGAAGCAUAUGGUUUAACUGUUUCCGAUACUCAAAAAAACCCAUCUGAUCUUAUAGGAUUUUGGAUUUGUAUAUAUAUCUCCGUUAUUCCUUUUUUUUCUAAUGACUUGUUGACACACGUGGUAGCAGAGAGAUUUAAGUAUGGUAAUCUUGUAUUCAUUCAUUGUAGAACAGGUCAUGCUGAAUGGAAGAGAUCUUUGAAAAUUAGUGUAAGCAGAGUGUACCAACUUUUCAGACACAGCGAUGCAUUUUGACGAACUUUUGAAAGUAUUGGGAGAACUUGGACACUAUCAAAAGACCCGUCUGUUCUUGAUAUGCCUUGUGUCCAUCGUGUGCGCUUUCCAUGCAAUGAAUAUGGUAUUUGUAGGCGCAAACCCAAAGAAAAAAUGUCAGAUUCCGUACGUGAAUCUGUCGUCUUUCGGUGCUGAAAAUGUGACGUUUGAUAGUUGGAUCUCCUUCUUGAGAAAAGCAGACGAAGACGCAUGUGAAAUCUACAAUUCAGACGAACUUCUUCGUUAUGUUACUAACGGGACAUACACAUUCCAGGAACUUAUAUCCUCACAAACAAAUGUUUCUUUUAGCAAGGAAGGGUGUAAAGACUGGGAAUUCUCUCGUGAUGUUUACGGACCUACAAUUGUAACUCAGUUUUACUUAGUAUGUAAUUCAGCAUGGCUGCGGAGUACUUCCAAAACGCUGUACUUUUUCGGCCGGCUCCUCGGUGCCGUUAUUUUUGGUCAGCUCUCGGACAUAUUUGGUCGCCGUCCUAUGUUUUUUGCUGGGUUGCUGAUGUUGCUCAUUGUGGGCUGUGUUGCUGCUGCCUCUCCGUCCAUGUUUGUCUUCAUUCCGUUCUAUAUUCUCCAGGGAGCAGCCCAGACCGGACUCUUCUUGGUUGCUUUUACAAUGUGUACUGAACUGGUUGGGCCGAGUUACCGUGUACUAGCUGGAUUUUUGGUACAGGGUUUCUACAGUAUCGGGUACAUGGCCUUGUCAGGAAUUGCUUAUCUCAUCUACGACUGGCGAUACAUAGAACUUGCCAUUACGGUACCUGUGGUACUAUUUUCCGUUUACUUAUGUGUACUUCCUGAGUCCAUUCGAUGGCUGCUUUCUAAAGGCCGAGAGGAACAAGCGAAAGAAAUAAUUAAAAAGGUCGCCAAAACCAACAAGGUAACAAUCACAGAGAGCAUGCUGGAGGGACUGGGUGUGUCCAAAGAGAAUCCGAAAGAGGUCAUAGAUGACAGGAAGUAUACAUUCGUAGACCUUUUUCGACCCUUCAAAAUGCUGACCCUUUCUCUUAACGUCUGGUUUAACUGGUUGGUUAACGCCAUGGUGUAUUAUGGACUGGCUCUGGGGACAGAUAACCUGGGAGGAGAUCCCUAUAUAAACUUUAUGAUAGCAGGGGCUGUUGAAAUUCCCGCCUAUAUUAUGUGUGUAUUAUGUCUAAAUCGAAUUGGGAGGAAAAAACCAUUGACCAUUACCAUGAUCUUCGGCGGAAUAAGUUGCAUAGCAUCGGCUUUUAUACCGAAAGAUCUGGUUGCUCUAAAAGUGACGUUAGCAAUGUUAGGGAAGUUUGGUAUAACAGCAUCAUACGCUAUAAUCUACCUCAUGGCAGCUGAAGUAUUUCCUACAGUAGUUAGAAAUAUUGGUAUGGGGAUUUCGUCAAUGUCCGCCCGUAUAGGGGGUAUGUUAGCUCCACAAAUUUUAGAACUAGGAGUCUUAUGGGCCCCACUCCCUCUUCUCGUGUUCGGCGUCCUGUCUGCCGUUGCUGGUCUAUUGGCACUAAUACUUCCGGAAACUAAUGGUAGACCUCUUCCACAGACCAUAGAUGACAUCUUACAUCCGGAUAAACUAAAACAUCGAGAAGAUAUGACAUUAGAUAUAAUACCAAACGAAAAGAAAGACUCGGAAGAAAGAGUCUGAUCGGUUGUGCAGUGCCUCCUUUUAUGCUCAGUGUCAUUCCAGGGUUACAUUGUUCAAGCUUUAAAGUUUUUUUUUUUAAAUUAGAUAAAUAUUUUUGAUGUGCAAUGUUAUAAAUUAUUCUACACUGUAUUGUACGAAAUGGGACAUUUGAGUCGAUUUGCUUCCUCAUAUACUGUAAAUGUAUUAUAUUACACGAUAUUUGGUGAAAAUUGAUUUUUAAACAUGUUAGCGCAGAUUAGAUUAGCGCAUUUAUGUGUUAAUGUGCAAGACAUUUAGCGUUGUGCUUGAAAUAGGCUUUAGGCUUUCCGCCAAAGGGGUAUAAAAGAAUACACAGCCAAAUGUAAAUUUGAGUAAAUUUUUAAACCAACGUGUAGCAAGAUUAUAUUUAUCUUUUAUUUGACCCAUUGAUGAUGCCAAAACCAUUUGUUCAAGUAUUUUACACUUUAACAUUUUUAUAUUGUAGAAUUACUAUGAAAAGUACAUUUAUUUUAAGAAUAUAUAAUUGUGUCGAUGUCAGGAAAUAAAUUUUCGAGCCAAGAAA